AUGCCAAUCUCUUGGUGUAAAAGCUUAAUUUCACUAAUACCCAAAAAAGCAGAAAACCUCGAAGAUAUAAAUAACUGGAGACCAAUAUCAUUGGUAAAUAGCGACGCCAAAAUUUUUAUGAAAAUUCUGGCCAAUCGUCUCAACCUGAUAUGUGAAAAAAUAGUUCCGCAUCAACAACAUGGAUUCAUUAAAAACAGGUCUAUCACUGACGCAGCUCUUGAUAUUAUUACUACUAUGAGAAACCAAGCAGAUUCUUCUAAACAGCAUUGUCUAGUACACAACCUUUUUUCCAACCAAGAAGCUCACAUUAUAGACGCUGGUGCUAUCUCUAAACCACUUAGAGUAGAAAGAGGUGUUAGACAGGAGGAUCCUCUCUCUCCACUUCUCUAUAUACUAGCUUUUAAGCCUCUCAUAAGGAACUUAGAAGAACAAUUACAGGGCAUAAAGCUAGGAAACCAAUUCUUCAAAACCUCUGCUUAUGCGGAUGAUUUGACAAUUGGAAUUGGAUCUCCUACAGACUGGAACAAAACUCUAGCUGCACUAAGCCUAUAUGAGGCUGCUUCAAAUGCGAAAAUUAAUAAAACGAAAACUAAACUAGUCCCUCUUACCACUAUUGCCCGACGAGUAGAACUCAGCAACAAAAAUCAAUUCGUCAAAUUAGAGAAACAAGGAACUAUCACUAUCUUGGGUUACAACAUCCUUACUAAUGGCCAAUCGAAAAAAGACCUCUGGACCACUACCAUCAACAAGCUAAAAAAAGCUCUCGAUAAACUCCUAAACAGAAACCUCUCCUUCAAAGGGAAAAUCUUAAUAGCAAAGUCUCUUAUCUUAUCCAAAAUCUGGUACUCAGCAUAUCUGCUACCUCCAAGCAGAAAGCAACAAUCCACAGAACUAGCAGGGCUUCAAGCUCCAGUUAUCAAAGACAUGCUAGAUGCCCGUUUAAUCACAGUUUGGAUGAGACUUCUUACAUCCAACUCUAUGUGGGCAACAUAUGAAAGAAAUAGAAUUCACUAUAUACUUGGUGAGAAAAGGAAUAUCUCUCCUACUCAGGCUCUAAACUCUGGCAAUACAAGCACAAAAGCUUGGCCCACAGAAUGGAAACCAUAUCUAAAGGCCUGGACAAGAAUUAAAGGCAGGGUCCCCCCUACCUCCAACUGGCCGUGGAAUAGUAAUGAAUUAAGAAUUGAAGGAAGCAAAGGAGACGAACUUUCAGUCAAAAAAAUUUUAGAACUAUUAAAAGAAUCUUCUCUUUUACCAGCUACUCUACAAACUUCUCCGCAGGCACCACAACACAUAUGGCUCUCGCUGAAAGCGCUCCCACUAGGAUAUCGAUUAAAACACGUUGGUCCAUCAGAGACAGGGAACUGUAUCUGGUGCCUGGACAAACUACAAACUAUUGAGCACUUCGCUUUAGAAUGCCCUAGAAAUAUAAUAAUCUGGAAAAAAGCGUACAGUUUCCUUAACGUCAAUGAGGAAAUAGCAAUACCAUCCUCGCUAGAGGACAUCUUUCAAGGUAAUAAUAACACUUGUCCUCAAGCUUGA